AUGUCAGAGAUCUCUCGUUCUCAAGCUGAGCAAAGGCAAACUCAGCUCGAUGCUUCGAGACAGUGUCCGCCAUUUGGAGACGCCUAUUCCGCUCAUGUUCGAUAUCGUCGCGUAACCCUUGCGUUACGCGAUCAAAGAAGAUCUCGGGAACACACGGAUCCCCAUGAUCGUGUGGAGAGCGUCUUCUCUCCUCCUCCACCUCCAUUAGAGGACUCUCGCGGUGGCCAGCGCUAUCUAGUUGAGCAGCUGUUGAACCACCGCGACGUGAACGGACGUCGGACGAGUUAUCUCGUCCGGUGGCGCGGCUAUCCCCCGUCCUGGGAUACUUGGGAGCCCCGCUCCCAACUGAUGAAUGACGUACUGGGUCUGGUUGAGCAGUACGACGCGGCACAUCCUGUGCCGCAGAAGGACCGCCGGAGAAAGUCUUCCCGGCACGGUCGUAAAGGGAUUUCAGGUUGUCAAUCCCUUCUUACAUCUCAGUAG